UGCUGGGACUAUAUAACGUCUCAGACUCCGAGAUAGCCUCAGUCACAGAGAAGAGUUCAGUAAGAUAUCAUAGUAUUAUACAUUAGUGCUUUAGUAAUUUAUAGACGGCUAUAACACGCUUUCUCAUCAAAGAAAAAAUGGAGUUUCAAAAUCACGCAUCAAAUGACAAGCGCAGGCAGUCAGGCAUGUUGAGGCCGGUGUUCUGGUGGUGGUGUGUAUCUCUGCUCUGCUGUCACCUGUCGAUGACCGGCGCCACGGAAGAAGAGGCACCGCCCGCCACGGCGCAGGAGGCGCUGGGGCUGCUGGCGUCUUUGCAACAGGCCAACGAGGGGUCAAGCAACGAAUUGCGCAAGAUGGCCGGCAUGUAUGAACUGCUACAGUUGGCAGCAUUGCAACAACAGCAGCGCCAACGAUUGGCAGAAUUGGAGGAAGGAGUGGGGGAAGGAGAAGAGUUACCAGUUCCUCUUCCCCUCCAGGGCAGGCUACCCCUCUUGGCCCUGCAAGACAAGGAUGAAUUCAUAAAGGACAAAAGAGGCAGUUAUAUGUCGCUGUGCCAUUUCAAGAUCUGCAACAUGGGGCGGAAGCGAAACUCUUACGCGUGGAGUUCCUGGGGUCGAAACUAAACCGAGAAACGUUCCUUUGGCAACCAGCCACAACCAAGGACAACCCCUUGUUGUAAAUAUAGGUAUUUUAUUUUUCCAGCAGAAAAAAAUGUCAAAGAGCAAGAAAAAUAUAGAAAAUAUACUGUUGACACCCUUUAUACAGCAAUUAAACUUGAAAAUAUCAUUUUGAUUGAGGAAUGUUUUGUGAUGGUAAUAAAGAGCAAGAGGUCUCCGUAACAUAAAAUUUUAAGAAUACAUUUUAAAAUGAACAAGGCCUAAUGUUUACAAGUAGCCAUGGCCAAAAGGAACGUUUCUUCUGGAAAUGGCAACUUGGAAAAUGUGUUCUUAAUUUUGUAAGGUGCAACAUUCACAACAUAUAUAUAUCUGUUCACAAUCUUAGAAAUGGUCAAGCAUAGAUUUUUCAUUUGAUUAUGAACAAGCUCAUCCUUAUUUCAAAGAAAACAUUACUGUCUGUAUUUCUUUCAAACAGUAUUAUUUUGUUUAACCAAACAAGUAAAAAACUGAAUAUUUUGUUUGUUUGAAAAAUAAAUUAUCAAAUAAAGCAUUCCUGAUAUUGAUUUAUUAGUUGAGAAAUUGGUGUCAAAACCGAAAAGGUAUUAAACCUGUAUUCAAUUUUGUUUUUAUAACAAUGAAUUCUACAUUCAUACUUGUUAGUGUUAUUAAUUUGUAAAUAAAGUUUCUUAUUUCUGGGUGCAGAUCUUUAUUAGGUAUUGUAGUUCAGAAUUGCGUUCUCCAUCCGAGUAGAUAGAAAUUAUAGUUUAGUAUAAAAAUGAUAUUAUUAAUGUUAUGUUGUAAAAUUUACUUUGCGUUUCUCCAACCCAAGGCGAAAACGCCAUAUUUUCUCCUACAGGUGAUAAUAACAUAUGUUAUUCAAAUUUAUUUUAAGACAUGACUAAAUUGUUUUAUUAGUUUACCUCAUAGCUAUGACAACGAAUUUAAAACAUUUUUGUACAUCUCGAAUAAAAAAACGGAUUCAAAAAACUGUUUAACCUGAAAAUACUACAGGCUUUCAAGAACCUUUUAGGAGCUGAUAUUUUAUGUAUUUAAUUAUAAUUAUGUUGUGAGGCCAAAGUAAUGUUUUUAAUUGAGAAAACAUUUAUAUCAUUGCUUUAAAAGUUCCAGAAUACGUUUGAAACUUUUUAGAAUUAUAUAAUACCUGUAUAUCAUAAGUACUAAAAAUUAUAAAAUGUAAGUUAAAACAUGUAUUUUUGUAAAAUUACGCAUAUGAAAUUAAUGUAUAACUUAUUUAGGUUCUAUAUUUUUAUACAGAGUAAAAUAUAAGUACGAUUUAUUUUACUUGAAAUGUUUUUAUUUCCUACAGGAGAAAAACUUUUAGCUAUUAUACCCAAUAUUGUAAAUAUUUUUAUUUUUAUAACUUUUUACUCUUUGUUAUAGAUUAAUUUAUUAAUACUGUACCUGCAUUGUCCUACUUUAUUUAUUGAGAAUGUCAAGGUUUGAUUGUGUUGGUGAUUGAAUUGUCACACCUCGAGAGAAUGCAUGUGAACGAGUUCUUGUUUUGUUCUAGUAUGUAACUAUAAUUAAUUGUGUAAAGAAAUAAAGUUUUGCUGAAUACAG